AAUGGCGUUUCACUUUCUUCUACAGCUCUACCUACCUCUCUCUAUCUCUCUCUGACUCUCUCUCUCUAACUCAACUACUUCAACUCAGAGAAGCAAACCAACUACCUGCACACAAACAAAGAGAUCAGACGUCAUUCAGCUUUAAAUUCCCACUACGAAUUUUCUCUAUAUAUACUGCUUGCUUUCUUCUUCUCCAAACACCCACCUUCUUUCCUGCAUUUCACUGCUUUUCUUCCUCAAACAAUCCUUCCAUUUCUCGCCAACCUUUUCUUGUGAGUUUUGGAAAUGGAGGCAAAGAUGUUGACAGCUGCUUCCUCCACCGUGGUCGCCGGCCCCUGCAUUUCCAGGCCCUCGCACCGUUUCACCGUGAAAAAAUUGGGGAGAAAUUGCACUGUGCGAUUUCAGAAAUCGAGGAGUUUGAGUAUCGGCGCAAUCAGAAUUCGAGCUUCAACAGGAGCUACUAUGGGAUUCUCAGUGGAAUCGAGACAUAGGAUAGAUGAGAGUGAGGUUUAUACCCUUGAGGGGAUCAGAAACUCGUUGAUAAGGCAAGAGGACAGCAUUAUCUUUGCUGUUUUGGAGAGAGCUCAGCUUUGUUACAAUGCGGAAACGUAUAAUCCUAAUGCUUUUCCCGUCAAAGGAUAUACUGGCUCUAUGCUCGAGUACAUGAUCAAAGAGACUGAAAAGCUUCACGCAGCAGUUGGAAGAUACAACAGUCCUGAUGAGCAUCCUUUCUUCCCUGAUGUUGUUAAGGAGCCAGUGUUCCCUCCGCUUGAGUAUCCACGGGUUCUCCAUCCUGCAGCAGACUCGAUCAAUAUCAACAGUCAAUUAUGGGACUUGUAUUUCAACAAUUUCCUCCCUCGAUUAGUUAGAGAAGGUGAUGAUGGUAACUGUGGAUCAUCUGCUACUUGCGACACUAUUUGUUUGCAGGUCCUGUCAAAGAGAGUUCACUAUGGUAAAUUUGUGGCUGAAGCUAAAUUUCGGAAAUCCCCUGAUACUUACGGAGCUGCCAUUAAAGCACAAGACAGAGAUGGACUAAUGGCGUUGCUGACAUACCCAGAAGUCGAACAGGCUAUCAGGGAAAGAGUUGAGAUGAAGACCCGCAAAUACGGCGAAGAAGUGACUCUCCCUGGAGACGAAGACGGAGACAGCACUGAGCCAGUCUACAGAAUCAAACCAAGCAUAGUUGCUGAUCUUUACUGGGACUGGAUCAUGCCAUUGACAAAGCAAGUUCAGAUUGAGUAUCUGUUGAGAAGACUCGACUAAGUCGCAAACGAGGAGAGUAACAAGAAGGGGAACUGGACUGUUCCCGUGAGUAGCAGCAGCUCAUAUAGAUAAAUGAUCGGUUUGGGACUGAGUCCUCAAUGCUGAACAACUUUUCAUUCUGUAUUUUGUAAUAUUUAAUAUUUUCGUGUUCCAGUUUCAGGCUUA